AUGACUGCAUUUCAGGUCCUACUUCGGGCGACGACUGGGCGUCUCCUGCGCCUUGUUGAGGCCGCUGCAAUACGGAUGGAAAAACCAGAACUCUGUAAGCAGCUGGAUCAUGUGAUCAACCUUGCAGUGCCAUGGUAAGGAUCGACAAUGACAUAACUCAGUCCCACACCCGUUUUCUCAUUCCCACUUUCUCCCCCUCAUGACUGACUGUCGUCCCGCGUGUUGAAUUUUAUUCACGCCUGACAUGCUUUCACCGUAAUGUAAACUCGCUUGCUUAGAUAACUUCCCUCCCCCUCUGUCUCCCUCGCCAUGUUUUAUUUACCUAUCAUGUUUCAUCCCUCAAGGCCUAUCUCUGAUUGAACAGUUUAACUUAUCUUACAAAUACGCAAUGAUCGUUGUGCAGUUGAAUAAGAGGUCACGAAGUUUAAUGACGUCAAUAAAUUCUGCAUGUUUCGUCGCCUUUGCCUUGUUAUAGGCAUUGUCCGAAAUCCAUUAUCAUUAAAUACAGAUGUGAUCUCUGUGACACUGCAGACUAUGGGGGAAGAGGGGCUAUGUACAUUUUAAUGUCGGAUGCUUGCAGGCAUCGUGCGGGUUGGAACAUGUCUCGCAAGCAGGAUAAAUCGCUAAUUACCACUCCUCCGUGACCACUGAUGCUGCAGCCGUUGCUGCCAUUGCUACCAUCAUUCUCACCACGGUUAGUACUGCAAGUAUAAUUGCUCGUGCCAGGUUUACAUCCCCACAAUCAACUUGAUUACUAUUAUUAACUGGGUAUCUGCGGUACUGCAACGGUAGCUUAAACUGGCACUCGGAAAGAUGCGCCUAGAUAAAGAGAAGAUGUUCUAGAACAUCGAAACGGGAGAUUUAGUAGAAUAUUUCCGAGCGGGACACGUGGGAAUGCUUCUGAACUCUUAUCCGCAUCGAAGAGGAUCAGUUGCACUUAUCCUUGGAAUUUUGUGAAGCAGAAUGCAUUCACACACCAACGAAAGCAUCUUAGUUUAAUUCUAAGCCUAGAGAACGUGGACAUUGGUAUUCUCGUCUGCCAGGUGCAUUCGGCUCUUUUACUAUGCACGUCCCAUCCCAUGACAGACAGAUGUCGCAUAUUGGGCAAGCGGAUUUUGGCAUAGAAAACUGUCCCUAAGAGAAAUGAGACCCUUUUGCACUUUGAUAUGCUGUCUUUGACAGCUGAAAGUAAGUUUACUUGGACAUUACCGUUCACUUUUUCAUAUCCCAAAAUGGACGCCGCAUUUCUAGUGAUACUUUUCCCCCGCACAACGUGAUGUCAUAGAGACCAGUCACUCAUUUUUCUCCCAUCUUGUAGUCCACAACAAGCACACCUGCCGAACUUACUUCCUCAACCUCCGGCAGCAGUAGCAGUGCUGGUGGACCUGAAAGCGCAGACAGUAUGGCCGUCACCAACGCAAAACUCAUUAAAGCUGUCCUAGACGCGAAGAUCUGCCUGCUGCUUAAUUCCCCCCAUGUAAUGACCUUCCUGCAGGGUCGACAACGCCUGCUGGAGGAGUACAAGCGGGCCACCGAUCUAUUCAGCGUUGCCAACACUACCGGCAGCACGAAUCACCUCUGUGCCAGUGACCUGACUCUUUCCGCCAAGGCCCCUUGA